AUGCACCCCGAUGCGAGACGAAUAGCAGGUGGUCACAAGCUCCCCCGUGAUGCAUCUACACCUCACACGCCGAGCCCGGGCGCCGGCCCCGCUGUCGCGAUUCCCAACCUUUCUUCCCGCGACUUGACGGUAGUGCGAAUCCCGCUCCGGCGAGCCAAGCACCACUUUGGCUCCGCGAGCUCGCGAGGAAGUCGGCCAUACAACGAAGAUACCGACCAGGCGGGUAUCGUCGAUAUCCCAGCGUUUGCGAAGCGUGCUCCCAUGAGCAUUAAGCAGAAGCCUGGCGAGGCCACCCCGGCCGAGAGCCAGUCCGGUGACCCGCAGAUUUUCUACUUUGGCGUCUUCGAUGGGCACGGUGGCACGCAGUGCUCGGAUUUCCUCCGAGACGAGCUCCAUGGGUAUAUUGAGGAGGCAUCGAGCACGUUUGGUCUGCAGAGCAGUCUGCGCAAGCGGAAACCGGGCCGCGAGGCGGAUGGAGGCGUCCUCACCAAGGAACAGGCGCUGAAAUCCGUGCCCCUCAAGAAGCCUGAGGAAGUCCAGGACAAGGUUGAGGACCCCGACACGGCCUCCAUGCGCCAGGGGCCCAAGCACGGGCAGCCGCUGCAGAGCGAGGAUGCAGUGCCGGCCAAGCUGCAGGACUACCCAAAAGCCGUGCAGCUCGAGCGCGAUCUUGUCUCCGAGUACGCCGAUACGAUCGGCGGCUACUUUCGACGCUUCAACCCGGACCACUUCGACCUGUCCGACGACGCGUCGCACAACUCAGUGGUUUCGUUUGAGUCGGCGCUCACGUACGCCUUCCUGCGCGCCGACCUGGACUUCGUGUCAGCGCAGGCGCGCAAGGCCGACCCGGAUGACCUGCGCGCGUCCGACUCGCCGGUCAACAGCGACGAGAUUCUUGGCGCGCCGCAUGCGACGCCCUCGGGCCACGGCAUCGGCGGCGCUACGCGCUUCAAAGGCGGCUCGACGGCCUCCAUCGCGCUCAUCUCGACGCCGACACCGGCGCCCUUUUGGCACCCGGCCGCGCAGUCGACGCUGCUCGUCGCUCACGUCGGCGAUAGCCGCGUGCUGCUCUGCGACACCGCCACCGGCCUGCCCCGGCCGCUCACCUCGGACCACCACCCCAGCACGCCGACCGAGAGCCGCCGGCUGCGCCGCUACGCUCCCGCCGGCUCCAUGGUCUCCGGCGACAGCUUCGGCGAGGAGCGCAUCGCCGGACUCGCCAACAGCCGCGCCUUUGGCGACAUUCGCAGCAAGCGUAUCGGCGUCUCCGCCGAGCCCGAGGUCACCCGCGUCGAGCUCGGCCCCGCCCAGUACUCCUUCCUCGUCCUCAUGAGCGACGGCGUCUGCGGCACCCUCUCGGAUCAGGAGAUUGUCGACGUCGUCAAGGAGGCCCGCACCCCGGAACAGGGCGCCCGUGCCGUCGUCGACUACGCGACCGAGGUCUCGGACGAUGGAGACAAUGCCACCUGCCAGGUCGUCCGCCUCGGCGGCUGGGAGCGCCGCUCGGAGGGCGGCCUCGGCCCGAUUGGCACGAAGGAAGUGCGUGACGCUCGACGGAAGGAGGCUUUGGAUCCGCGACGCGGAAAGCGAUGA